AUGCCCCAAGGCCAUGGCACAAGGCUGUCCCGCCCAUCCAGGACCAGCAUAAAAGCCAGACCAGAGCCUCUCACCCUCACACACUUCUCCUCACGCCUCUCUCUUCCAGGGACCCUCCACACCACACCCAUGGCCUGCUACGACAUCUGCCGUCCCUGCGGACCCACCCCGCUGGCCAACAGCUGCAACGAGCCCUGUGCCCUGCAAUGCCAGAACUCCCGCGUCAUCAUCGACCCUUCCCCCGUGCUGGUCACCCUGCCAGGACCCAUCAUGACCUCCUUCCCCCAGAACACCGUCGUCGGAUCCACCUCCUCAGCUGCUGUUGGCACUGAACUCAAUGCCCAGGGACAGCCCAUCUCCAGCGGAUUUGGCUUCGGCCUUGGCUAUAGUCUGGGAGGCCUGGGCUGCUAUGGCAGAAGGGGUGGCUACAUUUGCUAA